GAGGCGGAAGCCAUUACUCUGGGGAAUGCGAUCACUACUCUACUUACUGGGGCCGUGGAGUACUCUGCUGCGGUUUCCUCUAAGAUGUUGGGGUCCCUCUCUUUUCCUGUGGCACACUGGGCCUCAGUAUGAGCUCGUCCUUUCAGUGCAGUUUUCGUGACCUCCGCUCCUACGGAUUUCACCGUUAGUAGGGUUUUUACCAGCUUCAAAAAAUGGGUUGGGGUGUUGUUCCCUCUUUUUUCUAAACUCUGGAGUAUUUUGCAUAAGAGUAGAAUGACUUGUUCCAUAAGGGGAGCUGUACCAGGAAAAACCAUUAAGGUCUGGAGUUUACUUUGUGGGAAUUUUUAAAGCUGUUGUUUCAGUUCCCUUAAAGGUCAUAGGGCAUCCAAGUUUUCCAUUUCAUUAUGAUGCCUGCUCAGAAUCCCAUGAGAGCAAGGGAGUAGCUUUCUGGUGCCAGUCCCCUGCUGUUAAGGCGAAUUUGUUAUCACCUUCACGGGAUGGCAGCUUUUGGUCUCUCUCCCACAUGUGCUAUAUCCACCCAGGACCCUGCCCAUAUCCAGGAGUCAGAAAUUACUCUUUCUUCAAAAGAUCAUUUCUGUCACCAGGAUGUGGACCUGCUUGCUUAUAAAGGCCUGGAGCCUCAUAUGCCAACUAAUGUUGGUUCUCAGGAAUCAGUGACUUUCCAGGAUGUUGCAGUGGACUUUACUGAGAAGGAGUGGCCCUUGCUGGAUUCUUCUCAGAGAAAACUAUACAAAGAUGUGAUGCUGGAGAACUAUAGCAACCUCGCCUCAGUGGGGUGUCAGGUGAGCAAACCCAGCCUCAUCUCCCACUUGGAGCAAGAAGAGGAGCUGAGGACAGAGGAGAGGGAAUGUCACCGAAGCACUUGUCCUGAUUGGGAGACGCCAUCUAAAACCAAAUGGUCCAUUCUUAUGGAAGAUAUUUUUGGGAAGGAAACAUCUGGUGGUGUGACAAUGGAAAGAAUUCGUCUUGGAGAGAAAUCUACUGAAUAUGCUCACCUGUUUGAAGUCUUCAACAUUGGCGCUCAUCUUACUCAGCAAAUGGGAAGGCACACUGGCAAGAAGCCCUAUCACCGUCGGGACUAUGGCAUGAUUUGCAAGAACAGGUCACAUCUAACCCAACACACGAGCAUUUACAAUGGGAGAAAAAUGCAUGAAUGUCAUCAGUGCCAAAAAGCUUUUACCACGAGUGCUUCCCUUACACGGCACAGAAGAAUACAUACUGGGGAGAAACCCUAUGAAUGCAAUGCUUGUGGGAAAGCUUUCAACGAUCCCUCAGCCCUUAGGAGUCAUGCAAGAACUCACCUCACAGAGAAGCCCUUUGACUGCAGUCAGUGUGGAAAUGCAUUCCGAACCCUCUCCGCCCUGAAAAUACACAUGAGAGUUCACACUGGGGAAAGACCUUACAAGUGUGAUGAAUGUGGGAAGGCAUAUGGCAGGAGCUGCCACCUCAUUGCACACAAAAGAACACACACUGGAGAGAGACCCUAUGAAUGUCACGACUGUGGGAAAGCUUUCCAGCAUCCCUCACAUCUCAAAGAGCAUGUCAGGAAUCAUACUGGUGAAAAACCCUAUGAAUGCACACAGUGUGGAAAAGCCUUUCGAUGGAAAUCUAACUUUAAUUUGCACAAGAAGAACCACAUGGUAGAGAAAACAUAUGAAUGUAAAGAAUGUGGGAAGUCCUUUGGUGAUCUCUUGUCACGGAGAAAACACAUGCGAAUUCAUGUUGUAAAGAAACCUGUUGAAUGUAGGCAGUGUGGGAAAGCAUUCAGAAACCAGUCCAUCCUUAAGACACAUAUGAAUUCUCACACUGGAGAGAAACCAUAUGGGUGUGAUCUAUGUGGGAAAGCCUUCAGUGCAAGCUCAAACCUAACUGCACACAGGAAAAUACACACUCAAGAGAGACGCUAUGAAUGUGCCGCCUGUGGGAAAGUCUUCGGUGAUUAUUUAUCCCGGAGGAGGCACAUGAGCGUUCAUCUUGUAAAGAAGCGUGUUGAAUGUAGACAGUGUGGGAAAGCCUUCAGAAACCAGUCAACACUUAAGACGCACAUGAGGAGUCACACAGGAGAGAAGCCGUACGAGUGUGAUCACUGUGGGAAAGCCUUCAGCAUAGGCUCAAACCUUAAUGUGCACAGGAGAAUACACACUGGUGAGAAGCCUUAUGAAUGCCUGGCCUGUGGGAAAGCCUUCAGUGAUCAUUCAUCUCUUCGGAGUCAUGUGAAAACUCACCGAGGAGAGAAACUCUUGGUGUCAUCAGUGUGGAAAAGGCUCCAAUGACAGUCUUCUUUAAUAACAUGAGACCUCAGACUAAAACGUAACCUCAUAAGCGUAAGGAAGACAGGAAAGCCUUUAUGAACCCAUCUUAGCACAAAAGAGUACAUGUAACUUGGGAGAAAUGCAGUGUAUGUAAUAAUUGUGGAAAGACUCGAAUUUUCUUCUCAUCACUUCAGAGAUUUGUGAGAACUCACACUGGGGGGAGAACACAAAUAUCUGUGGCAUGGAGAAGCUGUCAGUCUACAUUUAACUCUUAACAAACACGAGAACUUAGGGAGAGAAACCCCAGCCUGGCAUUUAAUGUAGAAAUGACUUCAGCACUACCUUGCGCCUUCUGGACACAUGAGUAAGCACACUAGAGAGAAUCUGCAAAUUUAAUGACUAGGCAAAACUUUCUUGGUUUCACUAUAUUCUUCAUGUGAAAAAUAACAAAAGAAAAACAUCUAUAAAGUAAAAAACAUGGAAAAGUCAGUAACAGGUCAGCAAAUAGCAGGCAACUGUCUGACUUCGUAUAGCUAAGAAUAUCUUAUAUUUUUAAGGUAGAAAAUUGUGACAGAGACCAUACGUGACCCACAAAGUCUUCAAUACUUGCUGUCUAGCUCUAGACAGAAAAAAGUUUGCUAACACCUGUUUGCACAGCAAUGUUUCUCAAGAGAGAGUUUUGCUCUCCAGGUGACAUUUGGCAGUAUCUGGGGACAUUUGGUUGGUAAAACUAGGAGAGGUGCUACUGGCAUGUAAUUGGAAGACAUCAAGGAUGAUCUUAAAUAUCCUACGUACGAUGCAUAGGAGCCCCCCAGAACAAAGACUUAUGUGUCCUCAAAUAAUGAGAGGUUGAGAAAGAUUAACUUACGACAGUACUUCAAUUUUUUUGAAACUUGAGUACCCACUCUAAGAGAAUUUUCUGUGUAAAACUUCAAAAAUAUAGUCUAUGUAAUUCAGGAAACGUGUGAUAACCCCCACUGCAGACAGUCCCUGUAUAGAGAUGAUUUCAGCCACAGACCCCCUCACUUGUGCUUAUGAGAAUUCAUUCGUACCCCCAAUGGAAUUUUCUAGAGAAUAUGAAAAUUGCAUUCGUUAGUCUUUCAUAAUAAAACAGACCCUCAUUAAUUUUUAGUCUUUGUUUUUGAGAUUUAAAUUACCCUGACACUGCAUCACAAAAGGUUUGUAUGUAUUAUUUUUAUUAUUUCAUUCUUGAUAGUGUGUUAAUUUCCUUUUGGAUGACUUGCUCGAUCAAUGGAUUCUGUAGAAUCUUAUGUACUGUGUAACAUGGUUGUUGCGAGUAUCUGAUUCAAAUGCAUUGUGAUCAGAGCAUGAUGUCUUCAGUAGACAGAUCUUUUGGAAUGUUCUCAGCUUCUUGUCUGGUCAAGAGUGGCAUAUACUUCUAGUUGCUUCCCUGGUAUUUCAUCUUUCAUAUCAAGAAAACCCAAGUUUUGUCACAUUAGUAAGGUGUGCUAUUUUUAAAAUCUCUUACAAGUUUUCUUGGAAUUAGUACAGUCCAUAUCCUGCAGUCUGGCCAUUGACAAACAAGCGUAUGUUAUUGGAUGGGUUGUGAGAAGGCUCUUGAAAAGAGGGUCAUUCUUACAUGGAUUCUUCUUCAUGUUUUUGUUGUUUUUUGCUCUUCCCUCUACUUCUCGCCUUGCAAGGAGAUCCAGUACCUAGUGUUAAAAGAUUCAUCUUGUGCCCAUGGGGAUGCAAACCACAGGCUAAGGAGAAUCCUGCAGAAAACUCACAAAUGAUUGUGGCCUACCCAGUGGCUUCUUUGAGCAUCUACACUAGCCCUGGAUUUUUUUAUUUCCAAACUUCUGUUACAUGAAAAAAAUAAAACUAAUUGGUUUAAGCUGC